AUGUACGAGUACCACGAUGUCCCCACAGCAGGACAUCCGGGAUACUCUCUUCUCACGCGAGACUUCUACUGGAACCACCAGUACAAGUGGGUGCGCAAGUACCGUGUGAAACCUGCGCCUCACUCGCAGGCUCCUCUGCAACCACUGCCGACUCCGUCGGAGUGUUGGGAGUCCGUUUCAUUGGACUUCGUGUUUGGUCUUCCGCGCGAUUCCAGGCGGAAGACUGGUAUUAUGGUCUUUGUAGACCGCUUCAGCAAGAUGGUGCAUCUCGCUGCUGUCGCAGCGGAGGUGACCUCCGUACAGACGGCACGUCUGUUCGUAGACAUGGUGUUGAAGCACCAUGGCAUGCCCAACGACUUUGUGUCGGACCGCGAUCCGCGCUUCACUGCGCAUCAUCCGAGGACGGACGGGCAAAACGAGCGCGUGAACCGCGUGCUUGUAGCCUUGCUGAAAAGUUAUGCCCAGUCGUUCCACAACUGA